ACAUGGAGUACAAGUACAAUACCCAGCUCAGGUGUCUACUAGAACUUGUGGCGCCUCCACACCUGUAGUGUGGCUGCUCGUUCGAGUCCAACUGUUCAGGAUGAAUGCCCUGACAGGUCAUUCAUUCAUGCAACUUUUCGCACAUACAAGGUCAGGUUAUUCUCUUCUAGGAGAAUGGGCUGCUUCCCAUUAUUCGGCUCUUCUUCCAGUUGUUGCGGCCAUUACAUCUCGCAGUGAUUGCGUCCCUGGCUCCUCAUUACAGACCUAAUCUCACCGAAUCCUUUGAAUAUGUACCUCCCCUUCAACCUGAACGAUACACUUGCAACUGGAUGGGUGCCUGAACCCCAUACACGCGGUACAUGGAGCAUUCUUUCCUCAUGUCUGGUUACUAUUAGUCUUUGUGUAUGGGCUGCUGUACAUCUCAAUGUACCUAGAUAUGGCGAAAGUCGCUGGAGGCCGUGGUUUCGAAGGUUCUAUUGGCUGCUUAUUGGGCUUUUCGCGCCCGAGAUUGUUGCAUACACCGCAUGGCGUCAACGAACAUUUGCUUUGGUUCUAACGAGAGAUAUGCGACAAAAGCUCAACGAAACUCCAUACAUCCGGACGUAUGCCCGUAUUCUUUCCUUCAUAAGUACAUAUAGCCAAAGACUCCUGGAAAGUCUUCCCUCCUUCCCGCGCAUGAAAACCCUUAUGAGGAAAUUUCACUUCAUGCGUAGAGCGCAACCAGAAUCUAAGGAGGAUGACCAAAUACUGAAGCGGAUGAGUGAGCUGCGUAGAAGGCAAGCAUGGUCGAAAGGGCACAGGCCCCGGAAGUAUGAGUGGACUCAUGUCCACAGCCACUACGCCCAAAUGGGAGGGUUCGCGUUUGACCUAACCAGAUACGCUCACCAUUUUGCACCAGGUCCUCGAGUCUCCCAGCGUAUCAAAGAUGAAGAGACCGCAGCUCAUGGUUUCUAUACUCGUAAUCCUGUGACACCGAGCGUCCCGGGCUCAGAAACCGCCGGACCUCUCUUAGCUGAGCGGAGCGACACGAUCGCGGAUACACGUGGACAAGAAAGGCCCGCCAUUUCAGUUCAGACCACCAACCCACGAGCUCAUAUCGACAACAGCCCCGUCUCUUCCCCACCCAGUUCUGCCCCAGCAAAUGACGAUCUCGAUGCUCCGCAAAUCCCGAAACCCCGUUUCUUACCAUCCGUGUCCAAAUAUCUAAAGGCCCUCCUAGCGGACAUGCACUUUGCACAGAGAAAUGAUAGCGCAAAUGUAUCUUCCGUGCAUGAGACAGUGGACUCGCACUUCGAACGUUUAACAAUCACGGAACCCGGCCUAAUAUUGUUGGCGGAGUAUCAGCCGAACGCAAUCCCUGAUCUGUCGAUCGAACAGAUAGAAGAUAAAAGCAAAGCGAAUGGACUAACGAAAGCCUUGGUCUGCCUCCAGGCACUAUGGUUCUGCGUACAAUGUAUCACCAGAAUGUCCUUUGGCCUUUCUAUCAGCUUGCUGGAGUUGAACACAUUUGGUCACUCUGUUUGUGCUCUUCUCAUCGCGUUCCUCUGGUGGCACAAGCCGUUGGAUGUCUCCGAACCGUCCCUCAUUUCAGUAAUCGGCACGGAAAUGGAAGAGCUUUAUGCCUUUAUGUGCAUGGCUUCUAGACUAGAAGGACAGGAGAAGUUCAACCUGUUUAGGUUUUCCCCUAGUGAUUUCCCCUUCAGAUGCCCUGAGCCGUUUUCUUUUGCCAAGGUACCGCCUACAGAUCUUGCUCCUAUUGCUGAUCGAUACUGUGAACUAAGUAAGUCAAUUCUUAACAUAAAGGAACCGAUGGGACAAGAGGAGGAUAGAGGAAGGGAAGCAGGAGUGAGCCAAGCUGUACGUCAUGAAGGUCACCAUACAAGUGAAGUAGAUUCAAGGUUGCGGUCAAAUAAACCUUUAGAGAAGGAUUAUAUGGGAGGAGAGAAUGCUAAACCUCAAGAAAGCCGUGUGUCUGGAGAGUAUUGGAGAUUAGAAUCUGAUGCAAGAGUAGGUGGCCACACAGGAGGAGAGAACUCAGGGGUAGGCAAUCAAGAAGUCGAACAGAGUGCGAGGCCAAAAUUAAACCCGCAAGAAGAAACCGGAGAGCAUAAUGCAGGAUGGGAAGCUCAAAGCAUCACAACAGAAUAUAACCGUGAUUUUGCGAAAAGUUCAAUCAACAACCACGCUCCUCAGCCACUACUAUAUGGUUUUUUCAAGAUCUGGGAGGGAGAGAUGUUGUACGGAUUCAAGCUUCAUAUGAGGAAAAGGCUUGCCCCAGAAAACUUUGGCAUCAAGCAUCAAGAUCGUCCGUACCUACUUUUACGACCGAGAGAUGUUACGCGAUGGAGACUGGCUUCACAGGCAAUCGAGAGACAUGGCUGGUAUACUCUCAACAAUUACAGCGAACGCUUUGUGAAGCUACCCAUGUUUGCCGAGGACUGGCUCGAAUGCGACUUGGUGUCACUUCGAAAAAGCAACCAUGCUCCCGGAUUCAUCGUGCUUGGCAUCAAAAGUAAGGACUGGCUUCUAUACUUUGGAAUGACCGCUGCUUGCGCCAUAUACGGCGGAAUGCACCUCCUCGCUUGGAAUGCCCACUUCCCGAGCAGAACGGAGUCGGUGCUUUGGCGCCUGUCAAGUAUCGCUGUUGCCGGAUACGGGCCUGUCUAUUUACCUCGUAUGCUUUACAUGUCGCUGCAAAUACUUUUAGCCAAGCAGCGCAGGCACAGAGAUCAACGGAUAGCAUGGCACUGGUGGCGGGAUAAGAGUGUGGAUAAUGGGCGCUGGUACAAGAUAGUGGAUGAGACUGCCGCUUGGAUCUACCUUAUCUGGCUCGGCGCAUAUAUCGGAGGUUAUUUCCCGCUUUAUUUCCUUUCCCGGGGAUACUUGGUCGUUGAGUGCUUCACCAAUCUUUUCCAUUUACCGGAUUCGGUUCUCCAGACUCCGAAUUGGAGUCAGUAUUUCCCUCACAUUAGUUGAGACGCUUUUGUUAGAUUCCAUAUCUUCCAUUCAUUCCUAUAUCCAGUCAUACUAUCUUGCUGUCCAACACCAGGUCUCCUCUCCUCUUCCACAAUGCCGCCAUUCAAAUCAUUGUCCGAGUCUCUUGGGUUUUGGCCAUUGGACCCAAGCAAGUAGAGCUCGGCAACAAAGAUGUUCUGUCUACUCUACCCACACAAUCUAAGCAAGGAGCCUGAGCCAAGUCCCUCAUACUGAAAGCCUAUAAAGGCUACGGUGGAAGCUUUGUACCGUGUUUCUGCAAUAUUCAUUGCGUCAUCGCAUAAUAUAGUCUCUGUAACUUGCUACUUGUAGCUAAG